AUGGCAGAAAUGCUCCUGAAAGCACAGAGGUAUAUGAAUGCUAAAGAUGCUUUAGCAGCCAUAAAGGAUGUAGAGAAACUAGGAGACAAGGGAAAGAAGGAAGAUGAGCGUAGGGGUCAAAAGAAGGAGCGCCCAGAUCGUCGGAACAAUGACGAGAACAGAAGAAAAGAUGAUAAAGGUCCUCGGACGAUUAAGGAUGAGCACUAUCUCAAAUGGCCGAGACCAUUACACUCAUCCCCCAACGUCCGUGAUAAGAAGAAGUACUGCCGAUUCCACAAGGAUCACGGCCAUAACAUAGAAGAUUGUAGGGACCUAAAGGAUAGUGACGACCGGCCGUCCCAACCUCCACAGGACGUGAUUGGGGAGAUAAAGACAAUUACAGGAGGGCCCUUCACAGGAGGGUCAUUUAAAUCCCUCAAGAAAGCGUACCAGAGACAAGUGAAUAGCAUCCACACGAUACCCCCGUUCAAGCAGCAACGAAUAGACCAGGACAUGUCCUUCAGUGAAGUGGACACCAGGGGAGUGAAGCAGCCCCACAAUGACCCUUUGGUUAUAAUGCUGAAUAUAGAGGGAUUCAAUACCAAAAGAAUCCUCGUGGACAAUGGUAGCUCUGCAGACAUCAUCUAUCUCUCUGCUUUCCAACAGCUGAAGCUAGAUCCUAGGAGACUGCGCUCAUUUAACUCCCCCCUUGUCAGCUUCAGCGCAGACAGGGUAUAUCCCAGGGGCAUAGUGACGUUGACAGUAACAAUGGGGACCUGCCCGAUGCAGUUGACCCAUCAAUUAGACUUCCUAGUGGUAGAUUGCCCCUCAUCUUACAAUGUAAUCAUUGGGAGGCCCACACUCAACAAAUGGAAAGCAGCCACGUCCACCUAUUGUUUGAAGGUGAAAUUCCCAACAGAUAACGGUGUCGGCGAAGUAAAAGGAGAUCAAGUCUUAGCCAGAGAGUGUUAUCAGGCCGUCCUGGCUGUAAAAGAGAACCACACAUAG